UUACAGUACAUAAAAAGCAAAUGGAGAGAUUGACUCUUAAAGAUUAUGCUCCUGAACCAUUACCAAAGAUUCAUAUCAAUGAUAUUGUUCUUUAGAAGAAAAUCAGAAAAACAAAGAGCUCCUUUUUUUCAAAUCCAUUAUUAGUGAGAAGAAAAGAAGACAAAUAUGUUACAAGCUCUAACCGGACUCCAGUUUCAAAAGAAAGAACAAUUAGGAGAAAAGGAGAGAAGACUUCAUCUCAGCCAGGAAGCCAGGGCCCAGCAUACACAGUUCCACAUGCAAUUUUCAUACAAACCAAUGUUUCAGAGACUUUUCCCAGUAAGACCAGAAAUUUCUUCAAGUCAAUUAUCAUCCUUUUCUAAGGUCUCAGCACAUCUGGAAAAUCCUGCAAAAUCCCAGCUACAGAGAGUCCAGAGACAAGUAAAACCCUUUAUGACCCUUGACUACCAGCUUGUCAACCAGACUCCUAAACGGUCACACCCUCCAGCUUCAAGCAGUGCGCUUCUGGUGCAGCAAGGACACCUAUCUCCCGAGAGUGACACUGGCUUUACUGGAAAUCCACUCACCAAGUUACUAACUCUUGGGAAAGAAGAUGACAAUGUGGAAUGGCAUAUGGAAGACGUAAUUGAGGAUAUAAUCGGUAUGGAGUCAAGUUUUAAAGAGGAAGGAACAGACUCUCCUCUGCUAAUGCAAAGAACAUUGUCUGGAAGUAUUUUGGACGUGUAUAGUGGUGAGCAGGGAAUUUCACCAGUUAAUAUGGGCCUUACAAGUGCUUCCUGUCCAAGUAGUCUGCCAAUGAAAAGAGAAAUUACAGAAACAGAUACACGAGCUUUGGCAAAAGAGAGACAAAAAAAGGACAACCACAACCUCAUUGAAAGAAGAAGAAGGUAUAAUAUUAAUUACCGAAUCAAGGAGCUUGGCACUCUUAUUCCAAAGUCUAAUGAUCCUGAUAUGCGCUGGAACAAAGGAACCAUUCUAAAAGCAUCAGUGGAGUACAUCAAGUGGCUACAAAAAGAACAACAGAGAGCUCGAGAAUUAGAACACAGACAGAAGAAAUUAGAGCAGGCUAACAGGCGGCUUCUACUCCGGAUUCAGGAACUAGAAAUACAGGCUCGUGCUCAUGGUCUGCCAGCCCUGGCUUCACUUGGUGCAGUGGAUUUAGGUGCUAAUGUCACCAAACAACAGACCCAUCUUGAGCAGAACUCAGUAGACUAUUGCCAACAACUGACUUUGUCUCAAGGGACCAGUCCUGAGCUCUGUGAUCAAGCUAUGGCCUUCUCUGAUCCUUUGUCACAUUUCACAGAUUUAUCCUUUAGUGCCGCUUUGAAAGAGGAGCAAAGAUUGAAUGACAUGCUACUAGAUGACACAAUAUCUCCAUUUGGAACAGAUCCUCUGCUAUCUGCCAUUUCCCCUGCAGUUUCCAAAGAAAGCAGUAGGAGAAGUAGUUUUAGCUCAAAUGAUGGGAAUGAAUUAUAAAAAAGCAAACAGGCUCAAUUCAUCAACUGGGAAACAAUUCUACGCUGGUGCUAUGCAAGUAUGUUCUGUUUCAUAUAUUGCUUUGGCUUAGUUUUCUCAAAAGGAAUAGACUGUUCACGAAAAACUAGAGACGGCAGAAGAAACAUGGUGUUGAAUAAUUAUUGAGGACAAUUAAGGAUUUUUUCUUCUUUGACUAAAUUGUGUUUUCCUGAAAAGAGGUACAGAAUAAGAAAUAACUCCCUACUAAUGUUGUCAGAGUGGAGAUGUGGUGAUGUAUCACUGGAACCAACAGACUGCAAGGAGAAAACCUACUGAAAUACGCAAACCAUUUUUCACUUACUCACUUCCAACUCUUCUAUUCAAGUCUUAUGUUAGUCAUCAGGUAUCAAGAUCAACAGCUCUGAUGGUUCAUUGACUUUCACCACUGUCUGGGGGGACAUGUUGUUGAAAGUUCAAACUUGCCAGAGGAAAUAGUUAAAAGAUACAGAAUCUGUCAUAUUUUAAUUGAAAAGUGAAUAUUUAGUAAACAUUUGAAUUUUCCACAAUAAAAUACCAAAAAUUUAUGAGAGCUUUGCUUCUUAAAAUGAGGCCCUAAUUCCUCUUGUCACUUCAAAUACACUAAUUCUGAGAGUGUCUUCUGCAUAUUUAUGGAAACAUGCGAUGUUCAAAAAAAGAAUAUGUUGAAUAAUUUCCUCAAGAAUAUGAGCUGAAAUUUUACUCCUUCCCACAAACAUACACUUACACACAGACACACAGACACACACGUAGGUAGUACAUGUCUUUUUUAUUUUCCUUCACUUUCAUGGUUUUUCUAAUCAGGAUCAGAAAUUGUAUUCCAAAUAUUCUUUACUUCAUCCAAAAGAGAUACUGGAUAAUCAGUUUCAAUAAUUAGAAUACCCCCCCAAAAAAACUUUACCAGGACUUCUCAGCUAGCUACAAGUUAUCGCUGUCCCUAAAAAUGGAUGUAAAUUAAUUAGUUGAUACAGUUUUGCUCCACAAAAUGAUAAAAUAUAGAAAAUUUGUUUGCCAACUGACAAAAUAAUUAGUGAAACAGAAACUCUUUCUUGUUAUAUUGAGCUCUGAGUGGAUGAUAAAGCUCCAUUCCCAUAAGUACUUAGAAUACCCUGUGACAUUUGCUAGCUUUGUUAACAUUUAUUAAAAAUAUUUAUAUCUAUAUGCUCUACUCAAAAUUUUCUUUCUCAAAAAAUAAAGCUCAAGCUUGGGAUUAGGAACUGACUUACCAAGCAGGUUGCUCUGUGCUAGAUCUCCAUGAGUGAUCAUCUGAACAAUGACUAUUUACGGAGAGAUACUCAGACUUCAGUGGACUCCGUGAAAAUGUAGAACAGAUGAACAAGAUAUGGUCAUACUCCCCAGGGAGUAACAAAACUACAUGAGGAAUAAAAACAAAAGAUAGAAGACAUAUAGAAUUAAGCUCUGCAUGGUACAGCAAAAGCUAUAAAUACAGAAGGUCAGAGAAAAUGGAAAUGAAUGAAGAAGGUUGGAAAAUCACAAGUCUACAGGAAAGUAGAAUGUAACUUCUUUUUAAAAGCAUAAGUUUGGUGAAAGGGAGGGCAUAUUAGGGAAUAAUAUCAACCAAAUGACAAAAAUGAGAAUAAAUUGAGGAAGUGUCUUCAUGGAACAUUCAUUAGAAAGAUCUGGCCACCCUAGAAGAUGUCUGCUUGAAAGUCCUGGAAAAUAAUUUUGGCAACAGAUUAUAGAAGAUCUUGAAUAGUAGGAUGAAAUGAUAUGGUACAAAUUGAAUUUUUUUUACUAGGUGGGAGAAGCCUAAAAAUUAAAAUGCUACUGUACAUUACUAAAGUAAUUCAGAGGUAAAUCUUUCUUGAAUAUUAACUUUGGGAUAAAUUUUUGAAAGGGUGCUUUAGGUAUUACUCAUAGGGAAAUAUGUCAUCACAAAAUUUGAGACAUAAUGCUAAUGAAAGUGGGAAAAUAUUAAAUUCCUAUGGUCUAGUAAUUAUCUCAGGCUUAGCUUACAGCAUUAGCUCAGAGUUUAGAGAAUUAAAAUAAUUUUUAUUGUUUGACAUGGAAAAAAUAACUCUAAAUUUAUAGGAAUAGUCAUUAAAGCCAGAUAGAUAAAUUCAUCUGAAAUAGGCCAUGUGAAAAAGAGCAAUAAAAUACACUUCAAGGAUUUUUGAGAGAACAUUAUAUGCUUUUAACUUCAUGAUAAAAUUCUACUUUAUUAUCUAGGUUGAUAGUUUAAUAUAACAAUACAAAUCAUAAAGAAGGAAUAUAUUUUUAAAUCCAUGCAAAAUACAUUCUAAAUAGAGGCUAAUUUCUGUUUUCAUUUUAUCCGUAUUCUCAUUUCUUCGUAUUUUGAGAAGACCUACACUGGUGAUGUCAUUUACUCUGUCAUUCUUUUCAAUUCGGUUUAAAUACUACUACUCCAUUCCUGAAGGUCAUUCCUCAUAAUCUUAGCUAAUGUAAGAACUUGACACAGGUGGUAGUGUCUGAACAAAAGAUCUGAGAAGAGUACUACUACUAUUUCUGCUACUUUAAGAUGAUAAUAGCUAUCAGGGGAUUGUAAAAUGGGUAAUGGAUUUUGAAAGACAAAGCAGAGAGUGGUGCUGUGUCACAGUCAACUGAAACAGAUUAAAAAAUUAAUUUUAGUCAGUAGUUCUUAACUUUUUAAGGUAUUGAGAAUCUAGUGAAAGUUAUAGAUUCCCCCAGAAACAUACAGAGUUGUACAUACAGUCCAAAAUUUGCACGCAACCAAGAAGUUUUAGGGAGCUCCCAAAUGUCUUGUUAGAUGCCAGGUGAAGAAUUCCUCUAUCAGGAAUUACUUUAAUGGAAACCACUGUAGUUAUGUAUCCAUUAAGAGCUAAGUGGGUAGUGAAUAUCAUCUACAGUGAUGGAGGAGGGAGCCCUGUUUAUCUGUACAUCACUCUCCCAACCCUAAGAGUGUUGAGGUUGCCUAGGGAAGUAAAGUAUAUAUACCAAACACUCGACUAUUCACAAAGGAACUUGUUUACUUAUAAAGUAGUCUCCCUUCAAACAUCCCUGUUGUUUAUAUACUUCCUAUUAUAUACUCAUGUUAUAUAUUCAUGGUCAGUUUCUCUACGAUUAUUGAAUAUUGUAAACAUAUGCCAGUAACAGUUUAAAAUAAUGCAGUAUGUAUAUCAAGGCAAAAAUAUGUAAAUUCAAAAGCAAAUUAUGUGAGUAUCUAAGAAUCGAGAGAGAUCCUUGCGAUAUUUUUGUAGAAAUGAGACUUGUAAUAUUAAAAGAGUUAUAUUGUUUAUCAAACGGUUUUGUCACAAAAAAGCAUCAGCUGUCACUGGACUAUUAAUAAGCAAUUAACUAAGAUUUGUUCACUCAAAAGAUUAUUGCAUAAUUCUAAUUACUGUAAUUGUAAUUAUAAUUACAAGUAAUUGUAAUUACAGUAAACUUUGUUUAAAAUAAGAUACAAGUUUUAUUUACUUUUAGUUAUCUUUUCAAGAUAAUGUCCCAUGCAAUCUUACAUCUCUAUUUAUUAUAAACUGUUGGCUCUCUUUUUUAUGGCUAUGUCUUUUGUGUAAGUAGCCUUUCCAGUUCCAAAUUAUCUUAAAAUAACGACUACCUCCUUUGAGUACCUCUCCAUAUAUUUCUUCUUUUUAGUGUCCUUUCCCAUUACUGGAAAAUUUAUAUAUACAGAAAAAAUUUCCUCAGUUUACAGACAUGGUAUCAGUGACUAUAGCCUUCCUUAUGUGGGUACAAAAGCUCUAAAUAAUAAAUACCUAGAUGAGCUGGGGACAUUGAGAAAUAGCCUUCCUCCUUUUUUUUAACUCAUUUUUUUCCACUCACAUGACUAUAAAUAAAAUAUUUAAUAGCUCUUACUUUAAAAAAAUUAGGUACAAGUUUCUUGAUUUGGCAUGCUCAUUUACCUUUAUGUCAGGGGAGAAGUUAGAUUUCCCAACACUAAGAAGAAUGUAUUUUUUCUUUGUUUUGGUAGAUUGAGUCAUGUUAAUUUUUUUAUACUUCAAGGUAUCUUGAAAUUUUUUUUUUGCUGUUCUGAUACUAUGGAAUUUUGAUGUUUAAAUAAAUGUCAUAACUAGAAGUGUUUCAGUGUUUUUACAAUAUCUCUAGGCUGAUAUUUACUCUUCUUAUAAUAUCUAAGAUGUAGAUGAAAACUGGAAUCAAUUAAUCAUUUUGCUGUGUUAUCAGCACUAGAUCAACCAUCUGGGUUUCUUGAAAACACCUGAAGGAUUGAAUUUUACUUCAGUAUUGAUAAUGGCACAGCCUAUAUAAGCUACAUGGAAUGACAUCAUUUGGCCUUCCAGUGCCCUGCAUGUUGAUAAGUGUAAGAUGUCAACUCGAGUUAGUGUAAGUUACAUAUGCGGAGAUGUCAUUAAAUGUACUUAACAAAUACUAAACACAUUUAGAGUGUUGCUUAUCUAAUGUGUCAUAUGACCUUCCCACAAUCAUUAUUCAUUUCAUGUACCAAUAUUUUAUCAUUUGUAUGAUAUUUAAUUUGUAAAUAAGGAACCUAUUAAAAAACUGAUAAAAAUAGUUUUCUUUAAAA